CAGUCAUGCACAUCCAAGCAUGACGGCUCUCUCCGCUGGCCUUUGACCCAGUUAAGUGUGUAGUUGAGCAGCCGGAAAGUUUUCAUCUCGAUGUCGACUUGUGUCUCAAACAUGUCAGAUGGAACCAGCCGCCCCCCCGCCCAACUUCUCGUGGGUUGUUGAAGGCGUGCUAGCGGCCUGCGCAUUCCCAGCCACAGCCGAGCACCUGCAGUACCUCGUGAACAACAACAUCACCACACUCGUCUCGCUGACUGCUGAGAGGGAAGUCGAUACUCAAAGCACCUCUGGCGAGCUACUGGUUGUCCGAGUGCCCACAAGAGGACUAUACAGCGCCGAGUCUGGAGCAAGUGGAACAAUUCCUCAGCUGUGUCACUCAGGCCGUCUCGAGAGGACAGGCAUCAUGCGUCCACUGCGCCCAUGGCUUAGGCCGGACUGGCACCCUGCUCGCGUGCUACUUCGUCCAGACGCAGGACCUCACAGACGCCCAAGCGAUCGCCCAUGUCCGCACUCUCAGGCCGGGCUCUGUUGAGACGCCAGAACAGGAAAUGCUGGUGGCCCAAUUUUUUAACCGCCAAAAAAACUCCGCAAAAGCCGACCAAUAGCUUGUUGCUAAUGCAAUGAAAAUAUUUCAUGUUUACCUCCCUUACCUUGAUUCUACUUUACUAAAUAAUAUAAUAAGUAAUGUUAAUUAAAUAAUUAAAAACGUCAGCUAUUUCUUACUUGAUUUACUAUGUAUAGGCCUAAUUAGGAUCAUAUAAUCAUUAACCAUACCGAUACAAGCACAGUUUGUAUUCUGUGAAUGUCAUUGUAUUUGUACAAACUGGUCAAGAUCUUAUGUCGUCACAUGCAAAUUAGUCUCGAUAGCAGGGGCAGCAACCCAUCUAGGAGAGACAACUCCAAAAAUUAAAACAACUGCUGCUUUGUAGUAUGUUCCGUUCCUAAAUGGAAAAAGCUAUGGAAGUAAAUAAAAAAUGAA